AUGGCCUCUAGAAAGAACGUGUACAAUGACGUCUCGGAGAGUGAGGUGCGCUCACUGCUCAUCGGCAAGGACGGUAAUUUAACGCGUGACUUUGAAACUGUGCUUACGCGCCUAUUCAUUUCGUACCUGGAGAACCCCACGGACAAGAGCUUGACGCUGCACAAGCUCCGGGAGUUUAGCAAGAUUUGUAAUAAUGGUAAACCAUUCAAGGAUGGUGAGAUUGAGGAUAUUCAAAAGUAUUUCCAGUGUGAUGAGAAGAAGGGAUUGACGCUGAAGGGUUUCAAGGACAUGUAUCACACGCAAUCUAGUGCCGAACCCAUGGAGACUUGGCGAGACUUGAAGAAGCUUGGUUUUCACAAGGAGCUGAUUGAUAAACGCGAUGCGGCAUUGCGCUGCCGCGUGUGCAAGGACCCGUCCGUGCUCGUAUGCUCGCGCUGCAAAGCGGUACGAUACUGCGGUGCUGGGUGCCAGAAGCAGGAUUGGAAGAUCUGCCACAAGCAGAAAUGUAAGCCAUCCAUGGUCUAG